AUGGCCCGCCAGCUAAUCCAAGUGAGUCUCGUGCUCUGCGCCGCCCCGCAAGUAGCCUUGAGCGUCUACUACGGCAAGAGCCUCGGCGACAUCAAGACGUUUGCUCACGGAUUCACUGGCACCGUGUACGUCGCCAACGACACCAGCAUCGUCAUCUCGGGCCUCAACUACGACGGCAAAGGACCCGCGGCCCACUUCUGGGCUAGCCACACCACUGCUCUGGACAAGAAAGGCGACCAGCUCCUCGACGAAUACGGAAGCGUCAAGGUGUUGAAGUCUUACAAGAGCGCCAAGGUGCGGCUGACGUUGGCUAAGAAGAUCACCGACUACAAGUCUUUCGGCAUUUACUGCAAACAGUUUGGUGCCGACUUCGGCAACGUCCAGAUUCCCGCUGGCUACGAACUGCCCAAGGAGCAGAGCCUCGGCCCGCUGGCCGCCAAGCAGCACAACACCAAGGCGGCCGAAGUUGUCCUCAAGGACAGCGAAACCAUGCUGCUGAAGCAGUUCGAGUUCGAUGCUACCACUUGCAUUGGAUCGGCUUUCUUCGUGGCUGCUCCCAGUGCCAAUCCACGGCCUGACCAGCUUACUCACCUUGCGUACGACCACGGAAAAACGACAAAGCUGGGGCGGUACGACAAGACGGACGUGACCAUCACUCUUCCCCAUGGCAAGAGCUGGAACGAUUUUCAGUGGUUCUCGGUUUAUUGCCUCGACUCCAAGCAAAGCUACGCUGACAUCGCAGUCGACAAGGCGUUAGCCGAAAAACUGCCCCUGCCAGCUUCUGCGAUGGCGAUGCACGGUCCUCCCGCGAACGAUCCAAACGCAGGCUAA